CUGGGCCGCUCUCAGGCGGAGGCGCCUGGAAGGGGGCUUUAAGCAGAUUUUUUUACUGAGCCUGUAGCUCCCCUGCCCGCUUGCAAGUGAGCCAAAAGCUGCUAAAAUGUGUGAGACACACCCUGCGCUAUCAGGGCUUUAGCGAGGCAAGGCCUCCUCAUCAAGCUGUGCUCAGGGGAUUAGGUGACCACCCUAAGCCGCGCUGCCUUCUCUGUUAUUGACCGAAGCACAAUGGCAAGCAAAACAGGACCCGAGCAUCUCUUCAACCCUGCCACUGACAUGGAGACAGCAGGGACCGUGUUGGGCACAAAGAUCAACAUCCCAGCUCUCCUGCCCCAAGGACCCGCCAAGGAGUGGCUGGAUCAGCGCCGGGCCACCAUCCGGCCCUGGGCCAACUUCAUUGACCAGCGGCGCUUUGGGAAGCCUCGGAACUUUGGGGAGCUCUGCAAGCGGCUGGUGCGCAACGUGGAAUAUUUUCAGAGCAACUACGUCUUUGUCUUUCUGGGACUCAUCGUCUAUUGCCUCAUCACGUCUCCACUCCUCCUGAUUGCCCUUGCUGUCUUCUUUGGAGCCUGUUACAUCAUCUACCUGAAGACCCAGCAGUCACAACUUGUUGUCUUUGGGCGGGAGCUCAGCACAGCCCACCAAUACGGCCUGGCUGGGGGCGUUUCCUUCCCGUUCUUCUGGCUGGCGGGAGCCGGCUCUGCUGUCUUCUGGGUGCUGGGUGCCACGUUGGUAGUUAUUGGUUCACAUGCCGCCUUCCAUGAAUUGGAAUCUACCGAAACCGAUGAGCUGCAGAUGGAGCCUGUGUGAAUGGCCUGGGGCAGCCCUUCGCCCCCUAUAUCGCUGUUACCCUGUCCUGUGUAAAUACCACUGCUAUUUCAUUCCAUUGCCAUGUGCCAUGUCCUUCCUUCCUUCCCCAAGAGACUGGCUUUGAGGCUCUCUCCAGAUCUUAGAAACCCUUGAUGCUCUCCCUACUUUUUGGGGGUGCGGGUUGCCUCCCACCCCUCGUCUCCCCAUUCCUUAGAAACCCCCCCUGCCCUGAAUUCCCAAUGACCUCGCCCUUGGAUUUCCCCAUCUCGGGCACGUGAUAAGGCCGUGUCCAGCACUCUCCGCCUUCGUGAGAUUAUUUAACUCCCAUUACACUUCACCCAGUAGCCGGGCUUGGAGGCCUUCCAGAACAGCUUUUAGUUCAGCCUCCUUUUAUCUUCUGCCGGUAACAUUAAAGAAGCAGAAGUGUUAAUUGGAAUGUCCUCCAAGGGCCUGCUCUGCUCUGCCCAAGAGGUCACAGGGACACACAGUGUGUGUUGAUACACGACAGCUCCUUCGUUUUCUCAAGGUCGCCUGCUUGCUUUGAGGCUGGCCGUCAGCGGGCCGUCGGAAAUGGGAGCAGAGAGGCCUCUUGUCGUUGCUGCUCGGAGCUGACAGUGGAUUAACCACCAAAAUAAAAAAUUAAAAAAAUCAAAACCCCAGAGUCUACAGUCAGGGCAAAAAAAACCACACUCCAGAACCUAAUUCCGUACACGUGGCACCAUGAAUCAUCCAGAUUCUCCACAUUUUUGAGUGCUUUGGUCUGGCAGAUCAGUCA